AUGUCGCAGAAUGGCAGCGUCAGAGGCAAAGCGGCAGCAGCGGCGGCUCAGCGCGACCGCUCUCUGAUGCAGCUCCUCGAUCCCAGCAACCUGAUGCCUGGCCACACCAUCGCUGACCUCUACAGCCUGCGACACCUCAGCCUCCAGGGCGGCAUCCCCGACUCACCCUCCUGGCUGCGUGCCCAGGCCUGGAAGGUCCUCCUCGGCUACCUUCCGCCAGAGAAGAAAGAGUGGCCCACGGUGCUCGACAAGCGCCGCCAGGAAUACUACCGCUUCGUGUCCGACUUCUCGCCGUCGAGCGCAGGCGUCCCACAGCCAGCGUCGCCGCACCUCUCCGAACGCGAUGCGCUCCUCGAUCAGAUCUACAAGGACCUCUCGAGGUCCAGGAAGAAUGGCUUCGCCUUCUACCAGGGCGAGGUGCGGCCCUCGCGCUCCUGCCCGCUGGCGCCCGAGCCCGCCGACCACCCGGCUUCGUCAACAAGAGGCGCGACGGCGCCCCGACUCGAUGCCAGGCAGGCGCUCCUCGAACGCCUGGCCCAGAUUAACGCCAGCUUCGCAGAACAGCUCGGCCGGCCACACCAACACCAAGCCGCCGAGCAAGAACAAAAGGCCAAGGCCCGGACAGAACUCCUCGCCGGCCAGCCACCAUCUUCUCACGGCUCGGAGCCAGGCGCGAGCAACGGACCGCGCGCUGCUCCACGAACAGAAAAGGGAGCACUACCAGCCGGCCCGCCCAUCUACCUCUCGCCUCCAUCGCCAGGCGGCGCUUCGGCCAACUCAUCCCAGGCAUCUUUCGCAUCGGCAGUCGACACGGAGACCGGCAAUGCAGGCACGGCCGAUGGUCCUGAGCGCAGCGAUGUCGCUGGAUUCACAGCAGAUGCAGCGAGCGGUCCAUCUGAGCCGAGCGACGGCGUCACACCGCCCAUUGUCGACCGCAACUGGCACUCGCUCCUCCGCAUCCUCUACUUUUACGCCCUCCUUAACCCGAGCAUAGGGUACGUUCAGGGCAUGAAUGAAGCCCUGUUCACGCUCUUCUACGCCUUUGGCACCGCCGGCUCCCUUCCUCGCAAGGGCGUACGAGGAGCAGCGGCGCCGACGGGUCGGACAGCGAGCGUCUCGCGCGCCGCUGGAACUGGCAAUGAUGGCGAACCCGCUGCCGAUGACGGCGGCGAGGGCGACGACUCCCUUGACGACGAAGACGAGGAUGGGACCAGCCCUCACGCCGAAGCGGACGCCUUCUGGUGCUUUUCGCUGCUGAUCGGCGAGGUCAAGGAGCUCUACGAUUUUGAGGGCGUCGACCGCGCAAUGUCGGGCGACAUGCUGGCCGAGGCCCCCGCCACUUUAUCGAGCGGCGUCGGAGGCGGCGGCAACUUCUUGCGGAUCGGCAUGGCGGGCGCGCUGAAGCGCUUCAGCCUGCGGCUGAGGUGGCUCGAGCCGGAGCUCUGGCGCAGCCUGCGCGCCGCCAACCUCGAUCCGCGCAUGCCCUACUACUCGUUCCGCUGGCUCGCCUGCCUGGUCAGCACCGAGCUCUCUCUGCCCUCGGUGCUGCGGGUGUGGGACGCGCUGCUUGCCGAGCAAGAGACGUCGCAGGAGGGCGCGUUCCCCGCCAAGAUCGAGUUUCUCAUCGACAUGUGCUGCGCGCUGCUCAUCCAGAUCAAGCCGCUGUUGACACCUAUCCUCGCCUCGGCCAGCGCCACGCUCGGCGAUCCGAAGGCAGAGGACCGCGACGCCUUUUCCGAAGGGAUGCGCGUGCUUCAAGCGUAUCCGGAAGAAGACGUGGGACCCGUCAUCGAGCUGGCCAUCCUCUUCCGCCAACGCAGGCUGGCGGCGGACCUGACAGGCGACGGCCCGCCCGACGACGACGACGUCGCCGACGGUGCCGAGGCGGGCCUCGCCUCGAGCGCCGGCUGGUUCGGCUCCAUGACGAGAAACUUCAGCGCCGGCGCCGGUCCCCUCCAGGGCACGCCCGAUGGCGGCAGCCCGGACACCUCGCGCGGCAGCUCGGGCUGGGCAUCGGCCGCCUCGACGCCGUCGCGCCCCUCGGUCGGCGGCGUGUUCCAGCGCUACGCCGAGGCGAUCCAGAGCAGCGAUGCGGCAGCCAACUUUUCCAAGGCCAGCACCAACUUGACUGCCAAGGCGCUCGCCAGCUUCGGUGGCGGCAGCCGUGAAACGUCUCCCGAGCCAGAGCAGCCGCCCUUCACGCCAGCAAAGAUGCCCUCGCUUGGCGCGGUGGGCGCCAGCUUCUUCAAGAAGGCGCGCUCCGGAAGCGAUGCCUCGAGCGCCAUCAUGGGCCGCGGAGGCUCUCCGCAGACGCCAGACAUGGCCCGGUGGUCGCGCGACACGAUGCCCGACUUCCCGCUGCCGGAUGUGUCCAACAGCCCCGCCGGCCGCACCGAGUAUACUGACUCCAUGGGCAAGCGGAUGAGCCUGGCCUACAGCCACGCCAACGGCAGGCACAGGGGGAUCGGCUCGCCUACCCUCAGCGACCCCAACAGCGAGGGCGGGUUUGGAUCGCUGCCUUUGCCCAGCCUGCGUGCCGCCGCCAAGCUCGGCAUUCUGCCCCGGCAGCGCACUGAGAGCCCCGCGGGAAGCGUGCGCGGCGCGGGUCCCAAGCCGCUGCUGUUGCGCCAGUCGGCGAGGCCCCCGCGCGAAGGCAGCAGCAGCGGUACCCACAACCUCGACGACGAGCCUAGCCGCAAGGUCUCGACCGGCCCGCUAGCCCACGCUGCCAACGGCUCGCGGUCGACCAGCCGGACGGGAAGGGACAGCAGCAUGGCCGGCUCGCUCAGCGGUCGCAGCUCGACCACGCCCUCGGAGACGGGGAGCGGCCACAGCGGCGGCAUCGACUCGCCCAACACGAGCCUGGCAAGCCAUGCCGUCGGCCAGCUGUCAUCUCUGUCGAGCCUCAACGGAACGAGUGCCGCCGCCAUCGUGCCAAUCAUCCCGCCGGAGCUGGCCGCCGUCAGCCCGCUCAGCUCCAUGUCGGGCCCCGUCGGCCUGAUGGGUAGCGCUGACGGUACCGUGUCGGCUGGAGCCUUUGCCAAAGUGCGGGCCGCCGCCGCAGGAGAUGCUUCGGCGACGACAACCACCGGCGGCGGCAGUGCGGCCGCUGCGGCGGAACACAGGCCCAAGUUUGGCGAAGUAUCGAGCUCGUCCGACGUCCCGCUCGUCUCGGGCGGCGGCGCCAGCGGCAUCGGAUCAGGCUCCACCAUCACCCGGCCACGGCCCGCCGCCGCCGCCAGCCACCGCAAGCGUGGCAGCUCGUCAACCAUCGGCUCCACUUCGAAUUCGGUCUCGGGCUCGAUCAAGAGCAGCAGGGCCACCAGCGCUGCGUUCAGCACGUCGUCGGCCGCCGCAGAGAUCCUGGCAGAGCCCGAGUCGUGGGUCAGCGGAGAGGGCGUUGAGCUGAGCGACAAGCCGGUGCCGGUGCCGUCGACGAGCGAGGAUGCCCCGAGCGACAAGCGCACCUCGAUCUUUGAGAAGCCAAGGGCGGCACCGCGGCCUCCGCCGGAGCAACCCGGCCCGGUCUUGCUCGAGUCGCAGGCCGAGGAGCCGGACGCCUUUGACGCGCCCGUCGCCUCGCCGACUCGCUAUGAGCUGCACGACGAGCCCAUCGGCGUGCCGACCUCGCCUCCCGACGACUCCGCCGUGGCUCCGGUCGCAAAGGCACGCAUGCGGUCGAGCAGCGGCAUCGUCCGCUCCAAGCGCUUUACCAAGAACCGGACCUCGACCUCGUCGUCGGUCACCGCCCAGACGACGGGGUCCAUCGCACGCGACUCGACGGUAACGGCGGCCGGCCGGCGAUCGUCGUCUUCGCGCAUCAGCGGCCAGGCGUCAAAGCCCACGCUAGUUCUACCGACGAGCCACGGCAUGCUGGACGGUGGGCUUGCCGAGGAUAGAGGCAUCGGGGCGACGGCAGAGGACCGACCCCCGCCUUCGCCUGGGCCUGGAGCCGGCACCAAAAUCUCGACGUCGCAGCUUCUGGACCAACUCGUGUCGGAGGCGCCCGCGACGGGUCAAGAGAUGCCCGCCUCGCUGCGCCGACCGGCGUCGUACGCGUCCAACGGCUCUUACGGCGGACGCUCCUCGACCGAGGGCCACGACCUGCUCAGCGACGACAUGUUUGCAGCGCCGACCGCGUCGUUCGGUACCGCUCCCGACGUAGCCUACCACGAGCGACCGCAUAUGGACUUUCGCCGCCAUGACGGCAGCGGUGACGUCGGCGGCGACGGUGAGGAGUUGGACGAUGUCGAGCGGGAACGCGAAGGAAGGCGGAUCAGCGUGCCGCUCUCGUCGACGGGCAGCUUUUUUGGCAACAUCGACGGAGGUCUCGAGGCCAUUGGAUCCUCACUCGCCUUUCCCGAAAGCGACGUCGAGGACAACCUCGACGAGGACCUCAUCCCGGCGCGCCGCGAUGCCGUCGGCGUGCUCUGA